CCCCACAGGUGUAAAGUUACAAUAGCCCACUGACACAGGCAGUAUACUCCUGUUGUAUUCACAAAACCAUCGAUGGACGGGUACAGUUCGUGUAUCAACGUUCAAGACGUGUGUGUGGGACAUGCAUAGACGUGUAGUAAUCAACGAAAACACUGGACGUUAAACCUUUUGCUAAAAGUGGGCGUGUAUCACUUCCUACGCUUACAGGUGCUUCUUACCUAUCACUGACGAUACAGAGUGUAAGACUUUGUAAUCAAUGUAGAUGACUACAGAAUCGCCCUCGUCGACGAAUGGCGACAACAGCACCGUCAGCGAUGUCAUCCCAACUACCACAGCGUCCUCCGUGAAAUUGACGAGUGACACGACUAUCAAGACAACAACCAUUAUGCCCAAACUGAACAGUGCUCAAGUGUUUGGUCUGUCUGCGGGAAUAGCCAUUGUUCUUAUUGCUAUUUUGAUUGUGCUCAUCUGUCUGCGAAAACGAGGAAAACUGAAAUCACUCCAUUGUUUCGGCAAGCCGAUUCGAAGUCGUCGAUCAUCGAACUCGAGCAGCCGACAUCCGCUCGACCUUGAAACGUACGACGAUCACGACAACGAUUCGCUCAACGACGACAACCUCAGGCCGACCGACGGCGACCUGUUCGCCAUUGGUGACGUAGAAGACGUCGAGUAUCCCACGAACACUGCCGAAGAUGGGUAUUUUUACGACGAGGUAUUCAGUCGAUCUGCUUUCGAGGACGCGGCUACGAACCAGUCUAUCAAACAGUUAUACAGUAUUCAGUCCGAUGACGAACUUCCGGUUCUGCCGAAUUCAAGACACUGAUGUCUGUACGACUGAUAUUGUUUUUGUGAUUUCAAAAUAAUCUAGGCUCUGUCUUGAAGUGAGAUACAUUUUGGUGAUGUCCCUCGCAAAUUGUAUUAAUUCAGUGUUUUCAAAAUGUCCACAUGAAUUAUUAUUAUUAUUUUUUCAAAUCAAGAUAUGGACUCUGUUUUGCGAUGGGAUACAACUUUAGUGAUAUCAACACGAAUGAUAUUGUUUUCUUCACGACUUAGUUUGUAGAGAUACGACUUUCUAUAUGGAAAAUGUUUUCUCUACCUCACGACACUAACGUCGCGACGAAUGAUAUUAUUAUUUUAAGAAACGUUUAUGCCUGGACGCUAUUUUGUGCAGAUAUAUGACUUUUAAGUAUUGAGAUAUUUCAAAUAUCGAAACUGUUUUGCUCUCUUUACUUGAUUUUGCGAAUUACCCGGACAUGCGAUAAUACGUCAAACUGCAUUAUAAAACUUAUUACCCAAGCUUGAGUAAAGGAACGAAUGAAAUGAAUGAAUAUAAACAAUAUAAUAUACCAAAAUGUGCACAAUUAAACAAUUGUUUAAAUUA